AUGCGCUAUCGAACAUGGACCUCAUCGAGUCCGGCGCCUGUCUUCGAACACGGCGGCCGGCUAUGGUCCCGGCAAGAUGCGACAAAUACCUGCCUUCCUCAGUCCCUCAUCUCCAUCGUCCCCGAUUGUGCAGUGACCUGCAUACAAUCCUUUGCGAGUGCCAACUAUCCGGGAAGUACAUGCGCAAACACCUCAGAUCUCAAUUAUUUGUGUACGGUUGAAAACACAUCUAGCCUUACAAUUGGAGAGGGGUCUCUGCAAUGCAUCGUCUCGUUCUGUACCGGACAGGAUCAGCAGGACCUAGGAGUUUACAGCAUCUGCAAUGGUAUACCAGGAGCUCAACCAGAAACCGCUCGAACCAUAACGGCGACCAUAAUCGGGACAUCUACCAGUACGUCUUCGACGAUGGAGAAUCUACCCACCACGGUAGGGAAUCCUACCUCCACGCAGCAGGUCAGCACCAUUGUCAUGGCUACGGAGGUUCCGUCAGGGACGCCCGUCACGACCCCUUCCCUUUCUCUGCCCUCAUCUACAGCAAGUUCUCGAUCAAGCAGCAGUACGUCCAUCGGCCCUCAAGGGACUUUGGGGGCUAUUGCUUCACCAAACGAGGCUUCCUCAAAAAGAGGUCUCACCACUGCCCAAAUUGUCGGAAUUGCGAUUGGCGGUGCGGUGACUGCCCUGAUUGUAUUGGCUUUGCUGAUGCUGAUGCUCCGGUUAUGCAAACGACGUCGAGAGCGCCGCCGCGGCCAGAAGCGCUCGCGCUUGGUGGAGCCGACUCCCCCUCCGACUUAUCAAAGCCCACAAGAGACAAUCUCGCCCACUUUUGGAGAUAUGGGUUCUUCAAUGACUGUACCAAACACCUACGACCGCUUCUAUGCUCCACAACAGUCAACGGAAGAAAAACGACGAAGCUUUUGGCGGAGGAGCAUCAGACCUGAAGAAAUAGGUAUAGCUGUUUCUCCAAAGGCACCGGGUGAAAGCUCUCCAGUAAGCAUUUCAUCCCAACACAGCAUAUCGCGACUGCUGCCUACCGCGCCCAGCCAAACUUUAUGGCCUGCUCCUCUUGACUUGGAAACCACUAGAGAGCGAAAAAGACACACACUCAGACCGUUGAGUGAUGCCACGAUGUUCGACGAGGAGCCUGAAACCAGGGUCCCGGAUUCAGAACCGAUCUACGUCAACAACCAGCCAUUUGUCCUGGAAAAGCCGCCGCGAGCAAAAAGACGAGGCUUGCCACCACCGUUGACAUUACCAGUUGUACCUGAAAAUCCGCCGAGAACCUCGUCUCGAGCAGCACGGAUUCCCCUGACACCCACUUAUGAUAAUGGAAAUAUCGACCUCGUUUCACCGCCGCGAAGCUUCGGUUCUCCCCCGUCCACCGUUCCAUCCAAAGGCGAGACUCAACAGGUGGGACGGCAGGCUCCAUUCGCAAUACCUGAACAUCGAUUGGCACCAUCCUCCAUAUAUGCGAAUCGAAAUGUUUUGCGAAAGAAGCCUCCUCCGAGACUCCCCCUUCGAGCAGGAGACCGUCAACCUGUCGAGCCUUUGACGCAGCCACGGGAUCCACCGGCUCCUCCGGCAGCUGCCAUGGCUCCAAGUCUCGAAAGACAAAAUUCAGUCACAUCAGUAUAUACUGAAAUUGAAGAGGAUACAACUCCAGAAGAGAUCAAUAAACAGCUAGGACUGAGAGCAAAUCCGCCGACACCCUCCAUUAUCUCAGUUGAGGCUCGGAGAGCCUUUGAUGGACAAGAGAGUCCGAUCAGAGAUUUGAGGUAUCCUCAAAUUCCUCGUUCCGCAGCCGUUUCCCGACAAGCGGAAAAGCCAGCACAGCUACGGACAAGCUUUCUCCGUGCCCCGUCCUCUAAACUUCGACCUACGAGGGAUCAGCUUGCACGAGCCGGUGCGAGUUUCAUGCAGACAGAUACGACGUCAUCUGAUGGAUACAUGUCUGACGAGACUAUUGAAUGGCCGGUUCCUCCGUUGUCUGACACUAGUUCAAGGAAGGGAACAAUUAUGGGACAAAGCAGCCUCAAAUCAAACAUGGCCAAGCUUCGCAAUAAUCCUGCUAGUGGAAACCGGAGAGCACCUGCUCAAUUCUUCAGCCCAUCUUUGAAUGAAUUGUUGACCCCGGAAACCAAAACGGUAAUGGUAUCAGCGCCUCAACGAUCGCCAUCUUCUAAAGCGCGAUUAACACCGAACAAAUCGAGCAGCGGCGAUCUCUAUUUAACGGUCGAGAUAUAA